AUGGACCCUUUCCAAACCGUUGCCCGCGAAAUGAAGUUUCUCACUGGAAAUAUUCGACAAUUACUCGGCUCGGGCCACCCGACCCUCGACACAGUCGCCAAGUACUACACACAAAGUGAGGGGAAAUAUGUACGGCCCAUGUUGGUAUUGCUCAUGAGCAGGGCCACGGCACUUACGCCGCGGGGUUCAAGAGGAGGCAUGGGCAUCGGGGCCCAGAGCGCCGAUAUUUCGAUAACCAAUCCCCGGAUCCUAGCAGACGAGAACCCAGAUCAGAGUCCCAUUAGCAGUAUACGACACGACUCGGCGUAUACCGCUGAAGACAGCGACAUCCUCCCGUCCCAACGCCGCUUAGCAGAAAUCACCGAACUCAUCCACACAGCCAGUCUCCUCCACGACGAUGUCAUCGACCACUCCGUCUCCCGCCGCUCCGCGCCCUCGGCCAACAUUGAGUUUGGCAACAAAAUGGCCGUUCUAGCAGGCGACUUUUUGCUCGGAAGAGCGUCCGUUGCGCUGGCCCGACUCCGCGAUCCAGAGGUUACGGAACUUUUGGCUACCGUCAUCGCAAACCUGGUCGAGGGCGAAUUCAUGCAGCUCAAGAACACGGCGCGGGAUGAGAAGAACCCUUCGUGGACCGAAGACACAGUCACUUACUAUCUGCAAAAAACAUACCUUAAAUCUGCGUCGCUCAUUUCCAAGAGCUGUCGCGCUGCCGCUAUUCUGGGAGGUUCGUCCCCUGAGGUCGUCGAGGCGGCGUAUCUGUACGGCAAGAACCUUGGUCUGGCAUUUCAACUUGUGGACGAUAUGCUGGAUUACACUGUUAGUGAGGCUGAGUUGGGUAAGCCGGCUGGUGCAGACUUGGAACUCGGACUUGCGACAGCGCCGUUGUUGUUUGCAUGGAAGGAUGACCAGAGUUUGGGCAAAUUGGUCGGAAGGAAGUUUUCGCAGCAGGGCGAUGUUCAACGGGCUCGCGAAAUCGUUUCCCAAAGCACAGGGUUAGAACAAACCCGCGCUCUAGCACAAGACUACGUCGACAAAGCCAUCGACGCUAUAUCCUUCUUCCCCGAGAGCGAGGCGAAAACCGGUCUCAUCGAAAUGUGCACCAAGGUCAUGAAGAGGAGGAAAUGA